AAUGUGCUGCUGAACGGAAGCAGCUGAUUCGUUGUCAGGUGUGAGGGCGUGUCGCCGGCAGGUUACAAUAGCAGCGGUAGAGCGAGGCAUGUUUAGUAUUCGCAGGGCAGAGAGAGAGAGAGAGAGAGAGAGAGAGAGAGAGAGAGAGAGAGACAGAAAUAAGGUUUGUGCAGCAGAUCACAGGUUUCCAGCUUCACUCAUGGCGCUGUGCAGAGUCCUCUGUGUGGCGGCGCUGCUCGGCCUCCUGACGCCAGGAACGCACUCACAACUCGCUGAUUGUGGUCAACCUGCUCUGAACACCAGGAUCGUGGGGGGGGAGGUGGCCCCUGAGGGCAGCUGGCCCUGGCAGGUCAGUCUACACAGGUCUGGAAGUCACUUCUGUGGAGGAUCGCUCAUUAACAACGAAUGGGUGGUGUCAGCUGCUCACUGCUUCUCCAGCUCCAGCACAACCAACCUGGUCGUGUACCUGGGACGUCAGAGACAACAAGGGUCCAACCCCAACGAGGAGUCCCGCACCGUGUCACGGGUCAUCACCCAUCCCAGCUACAACUCAGUGACCAGUGACAACGACAUCUCCCUCCUGAAGCUCUCCUCACCCGUCACCUUCACCAACUACAUUCGGCCCGUCUGCCUCGCCGCCCCCGACAGCGUCUUCCACAGCGGGAUCGACUCCUGGGUCACCGGCUGGGGCACGAUCGGCUCAGGAGUUCCUCUUCCUUUCCCUCAGAACCUGAUGGAGGUGGAGGUGCCGGUGGUGGGCAACAGACAGUGUGACUGUGACUACGGCGUGGGUAGAAUCACAGACAACAUGAUCUGUGCCGGGUUACGAGCUGGAGGGAAGGACUCGUGUCAGGGAGACUCCGGCGGCCCGAUGGUGAGCAAGCAGAACAGCCGCUGGAUCCUGGAGGGCGUGGUGAGUUUUGGACGAGGUUGUGCGUUGCCUAAAUUCCCAGGAGUCUACACCCGAGUGUCCCGCUAUCAGGCAUGGAUCAACAGCCACAUCACCACCAACCAGCCGGGCUACGUCACCUUCUCCUCCAGUGGGACGGACAGCGACCUGAGCGUCACCUGUACAGGUCUCCCAGCGCCUCCCACCAUCGAGGUCCUGCCUGACACCACCACCACCACCGUCCUGCCUCUCACCACCACCACCACCGUCCUGCCUCUCACCACCACCACCGUCCUGCCUCUCACCACCACCACCACCACCCCCCCCACGACCACAGCCCAACCUGUGGUCUGCGGCCGAGCCCCCUUGAACACUCGGAUCCCGGGGGGGAGCUCCGUGGUGACGGCGGGCGUGUGGCCGUGGAUGGUGAGUCUGCAGAAGGAUGGAGGUCACGUGUGUGGCGGGACACUGGUGGCCGUGGACGCUGUGCUGAGUCAGGCCAGCUGUUUCUCCAGUUCACCCUCAGCGUCUGAGUGGACCGUCGUCCUGGGUCGUCUGAAACAAAAUGGAUCGAAUCCCUUUGAGGUGACGCUGAGAGUGAGGAACAUCACGCUGAGCAACCUGACCGGCUCCAACGUGGCGCUGCUGCAUCUGGAGUCCCGACCGGCGCUGAGCGACUACAUCCAGCCCCUCUGCCUGGACCCUGGGCGGAGCUUCAGUGAGGGCUCCACGUGCUGGGCCUCCGGCUGGAGCUCUGGACGAGGAGGGGAGGAACGAGUUCUGCAGGAGGUCCAGACGUCGGUGUCCGACUGCGGCAACGCGUCCAGCUCGGACAGCUUCUGUACAGGACGUUUGACACUGGAGCAGGGUGCCUCGGGGGGGCCACUGAUGUGUAAGCAGGACGGCUCUUGGUUCCAGGCGUCUGUGUUAUCAGCUGACAACUCCACCACGACAACACGAGCCGACCCCGUGACCGUCUUCACCAAACUGAACAAGUACCAGACGUUCCUCUCUGAGAACUUGGGGAGGUUUCUCUCUCCGGCCUCCAGCAGCACCAACACCACAGCAGCCAACACCACCUCCACCCCGACCACCAGCAGCGGGGCCACCCCUCACUUCCUCCUCCACCUCGUCCUCCUCUCACCGGGUCUCCAGCUCUUCUUGUAGAAACCUCCAUCUUGAUCCGUGACCAGUGAGGAAGUGACUGACUCAUGAGUGUAGUGGAGGAACCUGGGACUCGACUCCGAGGAGCAGUGUGUGACUUGUUUCCUUUGAUCUCCCCGCAGAAUCAACAAACCAAUAAAUGAAGAUGAUCUUCCACAAACUCUGAUGGAGACAUAUUCUGUUCAUCUCCAGGUUUAUCAUAACAAUCAGUGUCAUUGCUGUCAAAUGUGUCCGUGCUCUACUGUUCAGAAAGCAUCACUUCCCUCAGCUCCUCUGUUCAGCCUGUCAGAAACACUGAGCUCCUGUCUGAAGAAAGGGGGGGGGGGGGUUAUGAUAUGUUUCCUUUAAUGUUUGAAUGUCAGUUGUAUAUGAGAUGU